GAAAAGGUAUAAUUGUGCUCAUCAGUCCAAUUGCUGCAAGUCAGACCCACAUCAGACGUUUGAGCUUUGGUAUAUAUGUGAAAUGUGUGUCCUACUGAACACCAGAGUCUGUGAUUUCAAGACUAUUGACAACUGCUGCAACUGGGUCCCUUAGGAAUAUCAAAGUAGGCCACCGAGGGUAGAAGAUUGGUGAUGGAACAUAUCCAGAUGGAAUAAAUACGAAAACACAGUGUGACAUAUCCUUUUAUAGAAAUGCAGUCCAUUUUUUGUGGAGGAGGAAAGGAGGAGAAGCUAGUCAAGGCCAGCCGCGAUAUGUAUGACUGUGUCUACAUUUUUGUUUCUUCUACCAACACUGCAUUCCGAAUGCUCAACGAAUUGCUUGGAAGUAAAUUAGCCAUAAUUACAGUACGGGAAAACCUUAGCAUCAAGGAAAAUCUUCAGCUUCUACAGAGUGCUCUGAAAGAGAUGCAGAUGCUAGUAGACUUGAAAGACAAAGAUUUCCAGGAAAAAGUUGAAGUUAAUUUAUAUUCUCAACUUAUUCUGCCAGCCCUUUCCACUGAUGAAAAAAUCAGGGUUAUAAAAGAUAUAUAUCAUCAAUAUAAUGGCACUUUUGAAAAUAUCUGUGGUCCCAUUUGUGCUGUUAUAAUUAAGCAUGGUAAUUUCCUUGAAACGCUUGAGAUUGCUCUUCGGAAUUUAGUGAAUACGCCCGUGCUGUCUCUUCAAGUGAGUGAGCUUCUCAUGACCAAAGAAGAAAUUGCUAAAGCACUUCCAGACUUCAGUCCCUGUUCAUCUAAAAGUUCACCACCAGUCAAACAGAAAGCCCACAGUUUUUCUGUUCCCAGUUCUUUUUCACUUACUAGAUUCAUGCGGAUAAUUCAUUGUAGACACACAUCUAAGGAUUCCGUUCAGAUGGCUGCAGAAAUCAUGGCAGAAGCUGUUCAGACUUUGAGACCAUCUUGUGAACAUUUCCAAAGAUUUAUUAAGGUGGCUGACGAGUAUGUCACAUUGAUCAUUGACAAAAGGCAAUAAACCAGAAGGCAAUUGCUCAGCUUUUAUAAAUUUACUUCUG